AUGUCCACCCCCUCCCUUCCCCCGUAUCUCACAUCGGGCGCAUCCUCCAGGACACACCAUGCCCUCCUCGCCCGGCUCAACCAAGCUGCAUCGCCCCACGAAGAGGAUGCCAUCAUCUCUGAGCACCUAUCUCAUGCAAAAACUCUCUUUCGCUCCCAGGAUCAGAACGCAUCAAGAGUAGCCGAAACGCUCAUCACGGUGCUACAUUGCACCGCACUUCGCCAUGACUGUAGCGAUGAUCUGGAGUUUGUGCUGAUCCCUGCGCUCAAAUUGGCCGAAGGUGGGAAGAGUGUGCAGGAGAAACGUAUAGGUUAUCUUUACUUGACGGAGAAUCUACCGCGAGAUCACGAGCUCCAUCUGCUUUUGAUCAACACGAUACGCAAGGACCUCUCUUCGACAAAAGAAGCGCACGUUCUGCUGGCUCUGCAGGCCAUUGUCAAGCUGUCUUCUAGAGACCUGGGCCCGGCAGUCACGCCUAUCCUCAUAUCGAGAGCGCUCAUCCGGCAUCAUCUACCCUCUAUCCGGCAGCGCGUCUACGAAUCUCUCAGAUCACUGUAUCUACUCUCCCCUAACGCAGCCCACGAGCCGGAACCAUUUCCUCUUACCAUGAGCAAGCUCGUCAAAGCACUAGGGCAAGAAACCGAUUCUGGCGUCUAUACUGCCAUCCUGAGACUCCUUGGUGGCUUGGUUCAGAGGAACAUACAGACGGUGACCACUGAUGCUGAGCAACAAUAUAUCAUCCAGCUUGUGCUAGAUCGGAUAGCCGAAAGACAGGUUUUACUGGAGGGACAGAUGUCUCUCCAAGCUUUGUCAUUGUUCCUCACUCUCUUCAAGAAACGACCGUUGGUCUCAGAAAACGAAGUCACUGACGAACUCUCGACCUGGCUAUCGAAUAUCAUACAGCCAAUUUCUAACGGAUGGCAGGGCGGUACGUCACCUCUCCUGACCCACUGCUGGCUUGACACUUAUCAAUACACUGCAGCUUUCUUGAUUGAAUCAUGUCGCCUCGCCUCUCACCUUCCCAAGAUAGCCCCCGCAUGCGUCCACAGCGCCACCCAGCUCCUGUAUCAACCCUCACCAUCGUCCCAUGGCCACCUCACACCGCAGACCCCUUCGCCCAAUGACCAUAUCUUGGCUUUGAGAUGCCUGAUGCUACUGCCCAGAGAAAGCUGGGAUGGCAAGUUAGGGGAAGGAGAGAUGGGUGUCAUCAUGGAAGGUGUCAAUAGUGUGGACACUAGUGUAAGGCGAUCAACUAUCCGGCUACUCGAAUCUCUUUCGCCUGAUCUUCCCCGGUCAAUCUUUCAGCGCUAUCUAGAGUCCCUCAAGUCAAACAGCGACCUGUCUCUACCGAUGAACAUCCCUGCGGAUCAUCCUCUUGCCUCAAAGGUGGAUCUGGCCAGACGAGAAACCGCGAGGAGAGCGCUUGAAGUGCUUGAGGUCACAUCCGCAGAAGAUGGAGAAGUAUACGGAGAGAACGUGGCGAAUUUGCUGCUAAUCUUUGAAGGUGGUCAGAACGAAGGCACUAUAUGGGAAGAGCUUUUGAGGGGUGUCAUGGAAUUUAUCGUUAGCAAAGACGACGGAAAGCUCAUACACCCAUUCUCCUUCUCAUUCCUAUCCAAACUAUCGGCCGCAAAACCUGAGAAUUCCGGCCCCACGACAGUCACUAUAGCAUCCACCCUCGCAUGCUCUCAUCUUCCGUCAAACGCCAGACCCACGGCAUUCUCUUAUCUCCUCAGAGUUCUCCCACAAGUACCGCCGUCAAUUCAAGAGCUCGUCUUGGGGGCACUCACGACUUAUAUGAUGGGUGAACAUGACAAAGCGGAGGAUCAAGAAGUUGUCAGUGCUGUGAGGGAGGUCGAAGAGACGGCACCGCGUUAUCUGCAAAAAGUGAGCUAUCUUCUGUUGCAUGCUAGGAGCCAAGAGUACUGA